ACCAAGUGCAUGCAUACUAGGUCCUCAUUCAUUGGCACGUACACCGGUUCUACCUUGGGAUCAGGUUGCCUUACUGAGUUCUACGACACAUGGUGCAGUCUGGUGAAGAAUCAACCUACACUUUGCCCUGGGUCAUUACUAAAUUUGGGGACAUGGCAUCCUCCUCCUUCCCUCGAUUGCCACAACGUAUUCGCUUGUAUAGCGCUUCUACCGGACGAUCGUCCAGUCUUCUGCCGCCACACCCCAAUUCUCAUCUAGAUGCCCAGUGCAUGUGCAGACUCCUCAAGUUCGGGGGGUUCUUGAAAUGCUCCCAUAGUCCGGCAACUUCUCUGCUGUUUCGAUCGUCCCUCGAAUCCAUCUCAUUGCAGGCCGUAUAUAUAACUCCCUUCGCUAUACCAUGGUCUUUCAAGCCAGGCAGUCGAGUGUCCUUUUUUCACGAAGCCAAGGGCAACGCUACUGGUAUUGUCCAAGCAUUAGACAAUGUCGAUGGUCAGGACAUCGCCAUCAUCAAAAUGGACAAUGGCGGUCAGGCCAAAGUACCGAUAUCUGCCCUCAAGAGGAUUGGAUAACAAAGGGUUUGACGUUGUCCAUCUUAUCGUCAAAAGCAGAUCACGGACUGCUCCACCUUUUAUCCCCGACUUGAUAUAUC